CACUGGCAGGAGCUAUGGCAAAYGAAAUGCAAGAAGUACAAGUUCUGCUGUCCCCACUGAAAGGGGGCCAUCCUCCUGCAGUCAAAGCUGGAAGGAUGCGAAUUCCCAAAAAGCAAGAAAUGGGUGUCUUGGAGAGACAUACCAAAAAAACAGGAUUGGAGAAAACAAGUGCCAUUGCAAAUGUUGCCAAAAUACAGACGCUGGCAGCCCUGAAUGACACACUGGACAAGCUCAACCAUAAAUUUCCAGCCACAGUGCACAUGGCACAUCAAAAACCCACACCCGCUCUGGUGAAGGUCACUCCACUGAAAAAGAUCUACAUUAUUCAGCAGCCUCGGAAAUGUUAAGCUAGGAUGUGGGACGUAAAAUACAGCCACCUGGC